UAUAACACUUUCACUCUUACAAUCUCAGCUCAUAGCAUUCUUCUUCUUCCAACGAGAAUCAGUCUUUGUGUUCCAAAUGGCUCGUACGAAGCAAACAGCAAGAAAGUCCACCGGAGGAAAAGCUCCAAGGAAGCAGCUCGCCACCAAGGCAGCACGCAAGUCCGCUCCGGCGACGGGCGGCGUGAAGAAGCCCCACCGUUUCAGGCCGGGGACAGUGGCUCUGAGGGAGAUUCGGAAGUACCAGAAGAGCACGGAGCUUCUCAUAAGGAAGCUUCCUUUCCAGAGGCUCGUAAGGGAAAUCGCUCAAGACUUCAAGACCGAUCUACGCUUCCAGAGCAGCGCUGUCUCCGCUCUUCAGGAAGCCGCUGAGGCCUACCUCGUUGGGCUCUUUGAGGAUACCAACCUCUGCGCUAUUCAUGCUAAGAGGGUUACCAUUAUGCCCAAGGACAUUCAGCUAGCUCGUAGGAUUAGGGGCGAGAGAGCUUAGGGUUUAUGAUUUACAAAGCCGUAGUGUUUUCUAAGGGUUAUUAUUUUGCAAUCGAUUCCUUCAGCUUAGUAUUAGGGUGAAAGUCCUUGUUUUAUUGUGACUGUAUUGGAAACUCGUUUCUGUAAUGUGAGAAAUAUUAAUGUUGAGCCCUCUCAUUUUAAGCUUAAAGCUGCUUGGAUCUGUAGAAUUACAUCGUGUUUGGUCGUUAUUCUAAUUUCAUAACAUAA